AAUAUAUAUUAUUUAAAAGUAUUAUUAUUUUAAUUUAACAUUUCCAUAAAGUUAAUUUAAUAAUUUUUGCAAUUCUUUUGACAAAUACGUCACAGCGCCAUGUUGUAUUCCUGCGCUGAUUGCAGGCACGAGAAAUCUGCCAACCCGUUUAUUUUUUGGGAUUAGUUCCCGAGAAUAAAUCGAACUGCGAUUUUGUAUUCAAAUAUAUUUGAUUUUAUAUUUGUUGGCAAAUGUUAUAGACUUUAGUGAAAUCGAUGCAUCCUUGUUGUCGCGUUUUGAGUGUUAACUCUUAAUUUCAACUGCAGUUUUGUGCAUCCGCGAAAGUUGAAAGGACUGUGUUGUAAAAGAAAGAAGUGAUAAUUAGCCAAAAUUCCGGUCCCUACGCGUAGACGAGAAGGUGCCUACCCGCCGGGGCAGUCGGGCGAAGGAGAUAUGAACAACAAACGAAAAAAUCGCCAAGGGCCACCGAGGUCACCACGAGGCCGUGUGGUAGCAGAGGGUGUGUACAACAAUCCACACUUCAUGCAUGCCAUGACCUCACAUGUCGGAGACAUCGUGCAAGUUCUAACACCCUCAGGCGGUCUUUGGGAGGGUGUCUUCAAGACGUUCAGUUCACACUUUGACAUUGUACUAGAAGUAGCCCACCGUGUGGACCAAGAGGGUGUAGUGGCGGUGGAUUCUGUGGUUGAGAAAUUAAUCUUCAAACCCGAAGACGUGGUGUCCAUCCGGGCGAAAGACGCAGACCUCGAAUACGCCACACAUGACGUGUUUCAGACAGAUAGUGCAAUAUCUAGCAAAUUUAAUGGUAACGGCCGUUCAGCCGAAGAUCGUCAGUUGGAGCCAUGGGACGGUUGUGAUGGUGACACGGGUGACUCACCCUCCGUAAAUGGGGACGCUAGGCUCGAUGAACUAGAGUUAGAUCACCGAGCCAACGGCUGGGACGCAAAUGACAUGUUCCGUAAGAAUGAAGAAGUGUACGGCGUACACAGUACAUAUGACCAUUCCUUAGCGGGAUAUACUUUGCAACUUCAGAGGAAGGACACACAGGAUUACAGGGAAGCUGAAGCGAAAGCUGAAGAAAUAGCGGCUGAAAUAGAAGGCACUGCUACAUACAAGGCUCGAAUUGAAUUGGAAAACGGUGACGAAGAAGAAAGAUUCGCAGCUGUAGUAAGGCCGCAACAGGAGCAGCCCAAAUAUGUUAUACCUAAUAAGAGGAAGCCAGGACAGCAACAGCAAGUAAACAAGCCAGUGAAAUCAGGGAACGGGGGCGGGUCCCCCGGGGCUGGUAAGGCCCGAGACAAGGACCCCAGACCACCUCGGCACCAUCUUACGCCCCCAGCGCCGCCCGCAGACAGACGGGAUGAACAUACGUCGGGCAACCCAUCUGGCACACCCGGCAACAAGAGCUACGCGGCGCAAGCGGCUGGUCACCACCCGCCACCAUUCCCGCAUCAUGCGUACGUACAAUCAAACAGCAAAAUGAACGGCGAACCGCGUGCCUCAGGGCCACGGCAAGGCUUCCCAUCGCAUCAUCAUCACAGCGGACCACAAGAGGCUGGUAGAUCACGGCACGGCUCUCAAGAUAUAAGAGACCAACGAGACCCCAGGGAUCAACGGGAUCCGAGAGAGCAGCGAGACUCCAGAGACCAACGAGACCCGAGAGACCAACGAGACCCCAGAGACCAACGGGAUCCCAGAGACCAAAGGGACCCUAGGGAUCAACGUGACCCCAGAGACCGAGAAUCACGGGACCAAAGAGAUCAGAGAGACAGGGACUCACGGGAACAACGGGAGGCCAGGGAUCCAAGAGACCAACGUGAUCGGGAACCAAGAGAGCAGAGGGAGCCCAGAGAACCACGCAGACAGGAGGAGUUACAGGAACUACGCAAGUUCCAUCAAGACUUCAAACUGGUGACGUCACCGGCCCCUCCUACGCCGCAAGCCCCGCCUCCUCAAAUGGCCCCACCCCCACAGAUGGUCCCGCCACAGCAGCCGCCCACGCAGCCCCCACAGCCAGUUCUACCACAACCGCAGCCCCCUGCAGUCGUACACAAUCCUCAGCCUCAGUUACAGCCCCAGCCCUGCCCAGUAGUGCCGAGUCCUCCAGAGGUAUCGGCCAACGUAGGACCUCCAUCAGAACCCCACAAGAGGCCUGCACGGGCACCAGAGCAUCACAAGCCUCCUGUCACCACGGAAGAAGUAGAGGAAAUGAGUCGGUCUCCCGAAGCAAGUUCUCCCGGAGUGGAACGUGCGACUGCCACCCUCAAGAAAUCCACAUUGAACCCCAACGCAAAGGAGUUCAACCCCAGUGCGAAGACUUUCCAACCGAGAAGUCCUACUACACCUUCGCACAGCAGGCCACAUACGCCGGGUACUCCAGUGGGCGUCAACAUGGGUGUGGCACCGGUAGGGUUGAACGUUGUAGGCGGCUACGUCCCUGCACCGCCACCGGGUCCACACAUGAUUCCGGCAUAUGCUGCAGUAAUGGCGGCGGCGGCGGCAGCCUCACAACAGCCGCCUGCUUAUCUACAGCAUCCGCAUCCCCAUUCAAAUGGCCCAAUGGAGAUGAGUUGUGAGUGCCGCCAGUACGGGCCUCCCAUACUGGUGCUCGCUGAAAAGAGGGAUAGGCAUGACUCGCUAUAUGGACCAAUGCCCGGUGGCGGCGGUGCGGGUCAGCAUGCGCCUUUGCAAACACAACCACGGGGGAACUUCAGAAAAGGUAUGCCGGUAGCCACAGCGACCGGCCAGCCUUUACUGACUGGUGCGCCCAUGCAGCCCUUCGUGUCCUACCCGCACCCACAUCCACACCCUGCGCCGCCGCAGCCCACUCUACAGUACCCGCAUAUGGUGCGCAUGUACCACCCAGGUGGGGCAGUGGGCAUGGGGGGAGCCGUGGGUGUGGGGGGAGGAGCGGUGGGAGUGGGGGGUGGUGUAGCGGAAUACGCGCCCCCCUCCGCUUCACCCGCCGCGGCCUCUCCCGCCCUCUAUCCACCUCCAUCGCCCGCGCACACGCCGCACCCGCAUCAGCAUCAACACCCGCACCAACCGCAUCACCAUUACCAGCAGCAGCCCUUCCAGUACAUGCCGCAAGUGCUGUGUCCCCUGAUGGGCGGCGGAGCUGGUGGCCAUCACCAUCACCACCACCACGUGGCUUACCUCAACCACGCGCCACCCACCGCCUCGCCGCCCCACCACCCUCACCAUCCACACCAUCAUCCCGUGCAGCAAGUACUACUACCACCACAGCAGCCCUCAGGAGGAUCAAGCACGCCCGGAAUACAUUCCUCUCACCCGUAGAGCGCAUCCGCCCGCCUAUUGACCCACUCGCACCGCCCUACCACCCACUCGCCGUGCUAAGCCCGCCCGCCCUAUAACACCUGUUUGGUGCGUUUUAACUUUAAUUUAAAAUAUAUACGGCUAAGCCGAACGUCGAAAUUACGUACAUAGUUACUGACAGUUUAUCAUAUAUAUAUUUACAUACACUUUCUAAGAUCAUGUUGUUUAAAUUUAAAUUCGUGUUCAAUUAUAAAUUUAAUUCUUUUUUUGGCUCCUGAUAUAAUAUUCCAUAUUGAAGAAUCAUGUCUUUAUAUUACGAUUUAUAAAACGAAUAUAUUUAUAUGCAAAGAGAAAAAAGUCUAUUAAAAUGUAUUAAUUUAAAUUAUAUAUAUUUAUUUAUCAAAACACAAUAAUUUGCUAUCUUCCGAAAACGACAGAUGGCAAAACAGCACUAUUAUUUAUUUAGCAUUUUAAAUUUCAUAUCUAAUAUAAAGAAUUGUCAAAAGUGCGUUAGUAUAUGUAAAAAUUGCAGUUAAAAUUCUCAAUCAAUGGUUAAGCCCUGCUUUUAAACCCAUAUAAAAGCUAUGAACCUACCAAUAUAUAUUUGUAUAGGAUAGUGUAAGCUUAGCACGGCGGGAAAAGGGAAACAUUUCUAUAUGUAUAUCCGAAAGCAUUGUCUAAAUAGACAGUGUCGAUAAGUCGGAUUGUAUUAUAGGUAGAUAAAUUUCUUUCGGACUGGGUGGGUAGAAAUUAAUAGAUUCUCUAUAUAUCCACAGCAAGCUAUAUAAGAAAAUAUGAAAUAAACACAAGACAGCCGGUCGUUUUAACUAUUGUUUUUUUUGUUAUCUUGGCAGCUGACAUACUUCGUUGCAUUUUUAAGAUCUUUAUAUUUUGUUAUUAACUGUUAAUUUCUACCACACCUUUCUAUUUAUUAUUUAGUGUUAAUCCCUAUUUCCAUCUCGAGUCAAUUGUAAUCUUCGGAACGGAAUUCCAUUUCGCUUUGAGGAAUGUUUGCUUCGAUGUGCGAACAGACAAAGAAACAUCAACUGAAUAUAAUUCUAUGGCAAGGAUUCAACUCUUACGCCCGGUUGCUACAUUCCACGAACAGACAAGUGACAAAUACGCAUAGCAAGGCUAUUUUUCAAAAAAUAUGUACCUUUUUGACGGAUAACGCUGGCUAUCUGUCUUCUAAGACUUGUAAGUAAAUAUAGCAACUCGGUGCUAUUUAGCUUAUAUUAUAACAUAUAUAUGUAUUUAAAAAACCUUUUAAAAUUCCAUUUUUGUUUAGUUAGAUGUUUUUUUAUCUGGCCGUAUACGCUAUCUACAUCGGAUGAUUAUCAGAUGUGUAAUGUAAGCCUAUAUAAUAUAAAUGUAUAAUAUAUAAAUAUAUUUACGGUGACUGCCUUAUUGAGUUGUGUAUGAACGAAUGUUAGGCGAGGGAUAUAUGAAUUUUUACCAAAAAAUUACUUGAAUUGGUGAAAAGUGCGUAUAUUUUUCUUGAAGGAAUGAUGUGACAAUAAAACGAAAUUAGUAGGUAGAUAAUACAGUGUCGACACGAACGUAUAUUUUUGAUUACGUCUCGUGUCGGCGUUGUAUCUUAUAAUUAUGUCACUGAUAAGAUGUAGAGGUAACAUUGUAGACGGCCUAGGACGAGUGCUAUAUUUAACUUAUAGUUGACUGUUAGUAUAACUACCGUAGCCACCCAAAGUCUCACCUACUAUAAUACGGUAAUGGAUCUACAUUCACCCGCUAAGUUAAAUAUGGCAACCGGAAACUGUUCUAUUCAGAAGCAAAUAUCAAAUUGCUUUUGCUUGUUUAAAAAGGGUAUAUAAUUAUUACAAAACGAGAUUUUAAAAUCGGCUAAAGAAUAGAAAUCGCCGACAUAUUCCAAAUAAAUGUGUAAAAUCUCAACCUAUUUAUGAAUUCGAAGUUUCAAAUGUUUCGGAUUUUUUAUGGACUAAUAGGGCUCAUGUAGACAUUUUUGGGACCCUUGAAUAUAUAUUUACUCGUCCAAGGUCAGCUGCAACCCAAUUUUUAAUGUGUCUCUAAAGACAAUAUUUUACAGGCACAUUGUAGUUUGCUUAAUCAUAAGGUACGAAAAUGGGUUGAAACCAGUUUUGUAAUCUGGUAAUUAUGCCCAAUUAAAUAAAUAGCUUAAAUAUAAUUUAAACAUGCUGAGUAGGCCAAAAUCUUGUAAAAAAAAUAUAAGCUUCGUUUACGUUCUUAAAAAGGCAUUUCGAUUGUCACUAGUAGGAUUACCGAAGACCUUGAAACAAAUAUUUCCUUACAAAGUAUAUUUUACUGAUAUACAGUAACAUGUAUUGUACCUACUGACAAGACACUUGGGAAGGUUUGUGGCAACUCAAGUUUGCAAGUCAGAAUUCCCACAAAAUAUUGAGUGUGAACUUUCGGAUUGAUUACCAAUCCUAUUCCUUGCACUUUUCGUUCAGAAAUUAAUUUUCGUCCCCGGCGGACAUAUUAGUGUUAGACUAGUCUGGUGUCUUCAUUUAUUUACCUAUUGUAUUUAUUAUAGGUUUUUUCGGCUCAAGUUUUCUGAGAUUUUAAGAGUCUUUACAUUCUAUUGCGCGAAUACUCAAAGGCCACUCAAAUAUAACCGUGAGCUAAUAUAGUUGUCUUAUUGUAGAAUAGGUAUAUGGAGAAACAAAGCAUUUUGAUUGACGUUUGUGUAUUUGGACAUAGAAGUGUUCGUAAAAGAUCAAUUGGAGAAAUUAGGUUAGACCGCCGCUUGGUGAGUCAUGCGGCCGAUGUGGACUUGUGUGCCUGUGUACCCACUUUAGUAAACUGGUUUAGAAGAAAUAUUUGAACUUGCUUGGUAGGAUUAUUACUAUAUAGAACUUACGACGGACUUUUAGAGAGCUGAAUCGUCAUAUUUGUACUAGUAAAUAAUCCUGCACUUUUUUAAUCCAUUAUUUAUUUACAAUUCGUUGCAUACAAGAAAACAAAAAUACAUAAUAAAUCUUAAGGUUGAGUACAAAUCACUUAUAAACGAUCUCUUCCAGGCAACCUGUGCUAAAAGAGUCGGCUCAUUUUUCUCCAUUAAGUGCAAAAAGAAAUAAAAGUGUAACUAUCAAAUAAACUUUUUAAGAUGUUAAAACUCUACCGAAUCUGAACACAAGUACUGCUAUUAAUAUUUUAUUUGUUACUUAUAUUAAGGAUGUUUAUGAUUUUGUUCCAGUUCAAAGUUUAUAAAUUCGGUUAGGAAUUAUCAUAAACCGGUUUAUUAACGAGGGUGAAUGUUGUGUGUUUGUUUGUUGUAAGAAGGGGGGCAUAGUCCAUGACCUCCGCGCGGUGCUCCCUGGGUAGCGCCAAAUGUGGACUCUUAUUCACAUCCCAGCGCGCUAUUUUAAUUCGGGAAUUUAAUGUAAUUGUUGCCACUAUAUUAGAGAAAACGCUCUGCUUCCCUGUGAAAAAUAUAAUAGAAAUCGACCUGUCUAAAGGUGCUACGUCAACCUGUAUCGAGACACGCGUCCGACG